AUGGCGAGUGGGGCAAGCACACACCAGGAGCUUCUCCAAGAGGUAUCCAAGGGCGCGUAUAUUUCCGUGCUCACCUCUCCAGCGGCCAAGACGGCGAUAGCGCAAUGCGUCGCAUCCCUCGAAGCGGCGGCGGAAGAGGUGCGCGGCGACGGACCGGGGGCGACGCAGGAAAGUGGGCUUGACGAGUGGCGCUCCAGGGUUGCGGUCGGGCUCGCGGCGUUUAAUGCCUUUCUACAAUUCAACGUGACGGGGCCGGUGCUGGAAGGCGCGGCGCGGGUCGAGGCCGUGUUCUCCGGGGCCGGCGGCGGUGGUGCUGGCGCGUCGCUCGAGGACCUGCGAAAACGGUGCCUCAAGGCGCUCGAGGUGGACGGGGUGUCGCCGCUUCUUACGCAGCCGACGCUGGGACCGGGGUCGUCGUAUAACAAGAGUUCGCAGUGGAGCGAUGUCCCAGCGCUCAUCUCGAGGGUGCACGAUGCGAUGGAUGCGGUCAAGGGUGAGGUGGUUGGUGGGGGCGAGGGCGGCGGUGAUUCGGCUGCCACUACUAGCACUGGUGUCUCUGAGCCGUGGUCGACCGAGGAGAAGAUUCGGUGCCUGCUCGAGUUGGCGAACUACGACAUCAUGCUGGGGCGGGAUGAGAAGGCGAGGGAGAAUAUCACCAAGGCUACGGAACUAAGUCGCUUCGAGUACGCGCUGACGGGUGCGCUCGGCAAAAAGACAAAGUACCAGGAGAACAGCACGAGCCAGCUCGUCAUCGUGGCGCGCAGCGCCGGAAGCGAGAUCACGCCGCCCGAGAAGCCCAUGCCCAUUCCCGGAGCGCUGCCGCUGAAUGACGAUACCCUGCUCGAGAGGAUCGCCUUUGAGGGAAGCAAGGAAAACGGCGUACGAGACGCGGCGAGCCUCAGCCAAGGGCUCAAGGGCAUGGAUAUCGACGACCAGCCGGCGCUCACGACCCUUGACCAGAUUAUUUUGUUGACCGAGGCCACGCUGAGAGAUGCCUUUUCGCCGCUCGACGCCCUCACGUCCGAAGAGAUCUUGCCGUACGCUGAGAGGGUGCUCCAGGAUAAAUCGACCAACUGGCAGGUGUACACGCAAGCGCUCAUUGUGCGAUCUAGGGUUGAAGUGCAUAGGAGUAGAACGGUGGAGAGGGGUGUCUUGCAGAUGCAGGCGCAGGGCGGCGAUGGCACCAUUCCUGCCAUCGCGGUCAGCACACCCCACGACGAAGCGGCCCCCGUCGAAGACAAGCCGACGAGCUUCUUCCGCGCGCCCGAGGCAGUCGAUUCGGCACCCGCACAAGAUCGGCUGCGGUACAUCCACGCCAUCUCCACGCCCCCGCGAUGGCACCUCGAGUCCGAGCUCGCGUACGGCUGGACGGGCGUCGGCGCGCUCGUGUCCGCGCUCGAGAUCUUCAAGCGCCUCCGCCUAUGGGCCGAAGUCGCCCUCUGCCUCGCCAGCGCGGCCGCCUACGCCGAAGACGACGAGAACGGCCGCGGAAGCGGCGGCGAGGAAAAAGCGCGAGCCAUUGUGCGCUGGCGUCUCUUCAACAAGACAGGGCGUCCGGCCUCCGAGUCCCUCGACGCCGACGACGAGUCGCUCGAUGCAGACCCGACGCAGCUCAAACCUGCCGACUUCCAGGGCCCCGAGCGCGACCCACCCCGCCCAACGCCCCCGCCUCCUCGCGGAGCACUACCUGCAAAGAAGGACUUUGCCGCCGCGCGCGACGCCUACAAAAAGGCCGUCUACGUCAACCGCCUCAGUUCCGAGAUGUGGUCCCGCCUCGGCGAUAUCCACCUCCGCCUCGGAGAGAUGGAAGACGCCGUCCAGGCCUUUAGCAAGGCCAUCUCUUCCGCCAACGACGUCGUCGGCGGCGAGGACGCCCGCACCUGGAGCAACCUCGGCAGCGCCCUCUGGACCCUCUACCUCGACGCCAUCGAAACCCUCAAGAAGGGACCCUCCCCUUCCGCGGCGGCGGCGGCCGCCGCGCGCGCCCCCAAACCCCCAAGCUCGACGACGAGCAAACCGACGACGAGGACGAAGACGACACCCCGCCGUCCGCGACGCCCGCGACGCCGCCGCCCUCUCAACCAGGCCCUCCAGGCCUACAAGCGCGGCGCGAACCUCGCCCGCGAAAACUGGCGCAUCUGGGACAACACCGAGACCGCCGUCGACGACGCCGUCCUCCGCCUGCUCCUCACCGAAACCGUCCUCGCCAAGGAGAAGCGCGAACCCGCCGGGGCUAGCCCCACGGGCGUGUACGAGUUGCCUCGCGGCACCGAGGAGCGCGCCGUCGUCGACCUCCUCGAGCGCGACGUCAUGCCCCUCAUUACCGCCCGCUCCGAGCUGUGGGAGCUCGUCGCCCGCGAGCGCGCCUGGAAGCGAGACUACGCCGGCGCCGUCGAGGCGUCCGAGCGAGCGUGGCGCGCUGCCAUUGGCAUGUCCGCCUCCUCUGCCUCGAGCCUCGCCCCGGCAACGCCCUGGCUCGUGGUCGUCAAGCGCACCGACGAGCUGGUCUCCGUGUUGGAGAACUACGGGCCCGAGGUCGAGGCCAUUGGCGACAAGUGGAAGGGCAAAGCCCGCAGCGCCGUGCGUAGCGUCAUGAGCAAGGGCAAGGCCAGAUGGGAAGGUGGCGAGGGUUGGAGUACCUUGGAGAGCUUGAUGGAGGAGCUAAAGAGGUAG